GCCGAGGCGGAGGCCGUGGUGCCCCCGGUGGUCGUGGCCGUGGCGCACCUCGCGGUGGAGGCCGUGGUGGAGCUCGCGGUGGAGCCAGGGGAGGAGCCAAGGUCGUCGUCGAACCCCAUCGUCACGAAGGAAUCUUCAUUGCACGAGGCAAGGAGGACAUGUUGGUCACCAAGAACCUUGUACCUGGUGAAGCUGUUUACGGAGAGAAGCGUAUCAGCGUCGACGGCGCUGAUGGGACGAAAAUCGAAUACCGUGUGUGGAACCCUUUCCGAUCGAAGUUGGCCGCCGGUGUUCUUGGAGGAGUAGACAACAUUCACAUUGGCCCCGGAAAGAAGGUCCUUUACCUCGGAGCUGCCAGCGGAACAUCAGUAUCCCACGUUGCCGAUAUCGUCGGUCCCACCGGUCUCGUAUACGCCGUCGAAUUCUCGCACAGGCCAGGACGUGAUCUUAUCAACAUGGCCAAGAAGCGCACCAACGUUAUUCCUAUUGUUGAGGAUGCCCGUCACCCACACAAGUACCGCAUGCUGGUCGGUAUGGUCGAUGUCAUCUUUGCCGACGUCGCUCAACCAGAUCAGGCCCGUAUUGUCACCAUGAACGCACACAUGUUCUUAAAGAACGGUGGACACGUUGUCAUUUCCGUCAAGGCAAACUGCAUUGACUCAACGGUUGCUGCCGACAUCGUUUUCGCAAAGGAGGUUAAGAAGCUCGAGGAGGAGAGGGUUAAGGCACAAGAACAGCUUACACUUGAGCCAUAUGAACGUGAUCAUGCACUGGUUAUCGGUGUGUACCGCCGGCAGAAGAAGGCCAAGGCAUCAGAAUAGAAGGACAUAGCUAGCUGUUACCUCACAAAUGCAUCCGUAAGUAGGAUGUCGCGGUGAUGCCACUAGGGCGUCCGCAAGUGCGACACACUCUCCUCUAGAUCGCACCCUCAUCUGCACUCGUUAUCUUUUUUGCAUCCCUUUAUGUAUUUGUACGUAUCUUAUUUUUUCGAUAGUUCUCUCAAAAUGUGUUGAUCCUCUCGUUUGAAGAAUAAAUUCCGAGUCCAUUCCCACG